GCGCUGCCCAGAAACCCGAGCCGAGGCCGGCCGCGCUCAGCCGGGGCUGCUGAAUGGGCGUGCGGCUCCCGGCCCCUGCCCUCUCGCGUCCGGCCCCCGCUCUCGCUCCUGCUCCAGCUCCUGCUCCCGCCCCGCCCGGGCCUCCGCCGGCCGCCGCCAUCGGCCACCCCGGCUGUGAAUGAAAGGCCGGCGCCGCCGGGGGCUGGCUGCAGGCGACGCGGCCUCCCGGGAGGCACUCGCCCCGCCAAGAUGUACGGUGUGUGCGGCUGCUGCGGUGCCCUGCGCCCCAGGUACAAAAGGCUGGUGGACAACAUCUUCCCUGAGGAUCCCGAGGAUGGCCUGGUGAAGACCAACAUGGAGAAGCUGACCUUCUACGCCCUGUCAGCUCCAGAAAAGCUCGAUCGCAUUGGCGCCUACCUCUCUGAGAGGCUCAUCCGUGACGUGGGUCGUCAUCGAUAUGGGUACGUGUGCAUCGCCAUGGAGGCGCUGGACCAGCUGCUCAUGGCCUGCCACUGCCAGAGCAUCAACCUCUUCGUGGAGAGUUUCCUCAAGAUGGUGGCCAAGCUGCUUGAGUCUGAGAAGCCCAACCUGCAGAUCCUUGGCACCAACUCGUUUGUGAAGUUUGCCAACAUAGAGGAGGACACCCCAUCCUACCAUCGGAGCUAUGAUUUCUUCGUGUCUCGCUUCAGUGAAAUGUGCCACUCUGGCCAUGAAGACUUGGAGAUCAAGACUAAAAUCCGAAUGUCAGGUAUCAAAGGUCUACAAGGGGUGGUGAGGAAGACCGUGAAUGAUGAACUGCAGGCCAAUAUCUGGGACCCACAGCACAUGGACAAGAUCGUCCCAUCCCUGCUUUUCAAUCUGCAACACGUGGAGGAGGCAGAGAGCCGGUCCCCCUCCCCCCUCCAAGCACCAGAGAAGGAGAAGGAGAUCCCUGCAGAGCUGGCUGAGAGGUGCCUUCGGGAACUACUGGGCCGGGCUGCCUUUGGCAACAUCAAAAACGCCAUCAAGCCUGUUCUCGUCCAUCUGGAUAACCAUUCUCUUUGGGAACCCAAGGUGUUCGCCAUCCGUUGCUUUAAAAUCAUCAUGUACUCAAUUCAGCCGCAGCACUCCCACCUGGUUAUCCAGCAGCUCCUGAGCCACCUGGAUGCCAACAGCCGCAGCGCGGCCACGGUGCGGGCGGGCAUCGUGGAGGUCCUGUCGGAAGCUGCUGUCAUCGCCGCCACGGGCUCUGUGGGGCCCACGGUGCUGGAGAUGUUCAACACUCUGCUGAGGCAGCUGCGGCUCAGCAUCGACUACGCUUUGACCGGGAGCUACGAUGGGGCCAUCAGCCUUGGCACCAAGAUCAUCAAGGAGCACGAGGAGCGCAUGUUCCAGGAGGCGGUCAUCAAGACCAUAGGCUCCUUUGCCAGCACGCUGCCUACUUACCAGCGCUCCGAGGUGAUCCUCUUCAUCAUGAGCAAGGUUCCACUGCCUUCCCUGCAUCACCCCAUGGAGAUGGGGAGGACCGGGGAGAACAGGAACCGGCUGACCCAGAUUAUGCUGCUGAAAUCCCUCCUUCAGGUAUCCACCGGCUUCCAGUGCAACAAUAUGAUGUCCGCUCUGCCCAGCAACUUCCUUGACCGCCUUCUCUCCACCGCCCUCAUGGAGGACGCAGAGAUCCGUCUCUUCGUUCUAGAGAUUCUCAUCAGUUUCAUUGAUCGUCAUGGCAACCGUCACAAGUUCUCCACCAUCAGUACCCUCAGUGACAUCUCUGUCCUGAAGCUGAAAGUGGACAAGUGCUCCCGGCAGGACACCAUCUUCAUGAAGAAGCACUCCCAGCAGCUCUACAGACACAUCUACCUGAGCUGUAAGGAGGAAGCGAACAUACAGCAGCACUACGAGGCGCUCUACGGGCUGCUGGCGCUCAUCAGCAUUGAGCUGGCCAACGAGGAGGUGGUGGUGGACCUCAUCCGCCUGGUGCUGGCUGUCCAGGACAUGGCCCAGGUCAAUGAAGAGAACUUGCCUGUUUACAACCGCUGUGCCCUCUAUGCGCUGGGUGCCGCCUACCUGAACCUCAUCAGCCAACUCACGACAGUGCCUGCCUUCUGCCAGCACAUCCAUGAGGUGAUAGAGAGCAGGAAGAAAGAGGCUCCGUACAUGCUCCCUGAGGACGUGUUUGUGGAGAGGCCCAGGCUGUCUCAAAACCUUGAUGGAGUGGUGAUUGAGUUUCUCUUCCGCCAGAGCAAGAUCAGUGAAGUCCUGGGGGGCAGUGGUUACAAUGCAGACAGGCUCUGCCUGCCCUACAUCCCUCAGCUGACAGAUGAGGAUCGCUUAUCCAAGAGGAAGAGCAUUGGAGAAACCAUUUCCCUGCAGGUGGAGGUAGAAUCGAGGAACAGCCCAGAGAAGGAGGAGCGCGUGCCUGCCGAGGAGAUCACCUAUGAGACGCUGAAGAAGGCCAUUGUGGACAGCGUGGCCGUCGAGGAGCAGGAGCGUGAACGGCGGCGACAGGUGGUGGAGAAGUUCCAGAAGGCGCCCUUUGAGGAGAUUGCAGCGCAUUGCGGGGCCCGGGCAUCACUGCUGCAGAGCAAACUCAAUCAGAUCUUUGAAAUCACCAUCCGGCCCCCCCCAAGCCCAUCAGGAACCAUCACCGCAGCCUAUGGCCAGCCUCAGAACCACUCCAUCCCCGUCUAUGAGAUGAAGUUUCCCGAUCUGUGCGUAUACUGAAUUCCAAGACACAAGCUUCUCGGAGGGGUGGGGUCUGAGGGAGGGGCUCGCCUUCACGCCCACCCCUACGACAUGGAAAUCUAACUGGGAUCUCCGAGAAAAAGCACCUUGGACAGCUAAGCAAGGCGGAGCCCUGGGCCCCCUUGGCCCCCUCUUGGCCUCCCUGCUUCCUCUUUGUCUUCCCUGAGGGAGAUCCGGCCACGUGCCCCUCUGGGGCCAAUAAGCAUCCUACCUAUGCCCUUUGUCUCCUCCUCUGUGUCAUCCUGGGGCCAAGAGUCACUGGGGGUCUCCAGAGAGAGGCUGAGGUCCCAGGAAACUCCUGCUUAGUGUAGUAAGUGAAAGGCUUUCACGGGGGUGGGUGCGCAGCUGCCGUACCCCCAGGAGGGAACUAGAGAGAGACACAGUUGGUCAAAGGAAGCCGUAGACUGCAAUCAGGAGGAAGCAAGGCCAGCUCCUGUAAAGCAGUGGCCUGUGAGAGCUGGAAGAUGGGGCACUGAUCUCCUCCAGAGUGUCCCCUCCUCCUUCCCCAUUUGACGGUCCAAAGGCCUUCAAGUCUCUGGUGUCUUUUCCACUCCCUGCUCACCCUGCCAGUUGCCUCUUCGUGAAUUGUUUCUAUUGUUAACUAAUACUGAGCUUGUAUAACAGAAGCUGGGGUAGAGACACCAUGGGGGGCAGCAGGCCGCUGAUAGGGGGAGCCCGCGUCCCCAGGCUGGCCGGCUGGGCCAGCGAGCAGAAGCACGGGCCGGCCUGCUGUAGAGGAGCAGCGGGCAGAAGUGGGCAAGUCUGCGUCCCUCUGUAGUACCUCCCCUCCUUUGUCCAGAGGGAUGUAUUUCUGAGUUGAGUUCUCCCUCUUUGAUGCUCUUCUUCCUGCGGCUCCCCGUGUGAGCUGCCUCUGGCGGAACCUCACCUGGGCCUCUUCCUAAGGCAGCUCCCUCUGGCCAAGAAUAGCCCUUUCCUUCUCCUUUUCCAGUCUAACUUCCCAUAAAUUUUCUGAGCUGAUAUGACUCACAGGAAGGUGAGAAUGGUCAAAUGAUUCCUUCCUGGAGAAUUUGCUCUUGAAAAGAGGGAGGGUGAGUAGAUUUCUUGAGCCAAAGGAACCCCUUUUGAGGGUACAAUUUUCAGCAGCGUGGGGUGGGGUCGGAAGCGGGCUGAUUCUGCUAAGGGGAGGGCAGUCUUCUCGGGACACCCUCGGGUCACACCUCUGUGCGUGGCCCUGCACAGAUGUACUGUGAGAGCUUGAUUAUCAGGGCUGAUAGGUGUAUUUGUGCAAAUUAGGAGAAUCUUAACAAAUGUAACUUUCCUAUUGCGUCUGCAAUAACCUUGUUGGGUAUGGGGGCUGCCUGACCCUCGUUCCUGUAGUUUCCCCCCUUGGUUGCUGCCUCUGUGCUGUGGGCCUGCGGCUUCCAGAGGGUCUACAUGACUACAGGGCCGAGGGGGCCCGCUCCUGCCCCUCCACCACAGCCUUUGGCUCUGCUCUGUGGCUUUUGGCUAAUGCUCAGCCCAACUUUACAGGCGUGAACCGAGAUUUCUCUUUACUUUAAUAUCUCUUUAUUAAGAAACCAAAUUUAAAAUAACUAGAAACAAACUUGAAGACAAAUGACCUUUGGAAGAAGCUUCAGAGAAAAUCUAAAUCUUGAGCCACAAACAUGUCUUUUCCUCACUGGAUCUUCCCAUCUUUCUUCCCUGCUCAGCUUUGACGUGAAGCCCUGUUUCUCUCUAGUGCUUCUCUGACUGUAGGGUCCACCCCCAUGGCAUCUGCACCCCGAGCACUGCCCUGGGGCCCUGGUUCUGGGACUUGGGAGUCAUUCCCUGGAGCCUCUUUCUAGAACCAGCACUAGAACCAGAGACCUACAUGUCCAUCAGCUGUCUCUCCCUCAUCCCCACCCUGGGAAUAGAUGGAAGAAACAAGGUGCAGGAUUCCCAUUCUUCAUAUACUUCAUUGCUGUUUCCUCUGUCUGAAGCAGCUUUUUCUUUGUGUCACUGCUACAUAGCAACGAUGUGCUUCCUUUGGAGACCUGGCCACAUCUUGAGUGCCCUCCUUCUCGGUUUCAAUUUAAACUUACACUCAGUAGAAUAUUAACUUGCCUGCUGACAUGGAGUAGAAUAUGGAUUCUGGCCAAAGAUGCCUCAGAAUCAGAAAGUUUAUGAUGAACAUUAACUGGAACAAUUACAUGGUAAAUUAAGCAGCCUCCUUCACCCCACCCCUGCCCUCCCGAGCCCUGGGAGAGAAGCCAAGCAGUUUGGUGGGUACCCCAGCCUUCAGCCUAGCAUUACUCUUCCUGCCUUCCAAGCCCGCUGGCGUCUGGCGGCACCGUGUCAAGCGACCAGCCCUUUUUGCUACCCUCCUCUGUUGUGAAUUUCAGUCAGCAAGGCCACCCAAAGCAGUCGCUCCCCAAAACUGCUGAAGACUCUUCCUCGUGGGCAAGGGGUAGGGUCAGUUAGCACUCUGCUGACAGAACCCAGUAGCAUGGAUGUAUUUGGAAUUUCAGUGAACUUGGUUGAGCCACAUAAAUGCAUAAGAAGCAGAUGAGAGGAGAGCCCCAGUGUGACCCUGGAGGCUCCUUCCGGUUUUCCUUGCAAAGGGGUCCCCCAUGGCCUGUGCCUGUUCCCAUUUUCCUCUUUUUGAAAAGUAGAAAUAAGUGAUUUCUUAACUCCUAAAUAUCUCCUCCCCAGAGAAGUAGCCUGAGUGGGUCAGAAGAAGAAGGAGAAAAGUCCUCAGACAUUCUCCUCUGUCUAGCCCUCCGCCUCAAGCGUAAGAAUAGAUGGAUGAGCAGUGAAAAGGUGGGGCUGGGACCAUCUGAAGUGCUUGGAGUGCAGGGAUCCCAGAUGCACUGCCCUUUGCCCUGGGUGUUCUCAGUCCCAGAGGAUACGUUUCGGCUGGCCUAAGAAUCAGAAGAAUCAUUUGUUUAGACUCCUCAAAGGCCAGACCUCCUGGCUUCACUAGGGGCGCUUGGGUCAUGACACCUUCCAGUUGCUAUUCCAUUGUCCCUGGGACUUCUCACCUGGGUACAGAGAGUAUCACUGAGAAGUGAGGCUAUUUCUCCCAGUUCCUCUUCAUGACCAUGACAUGGCAGCUGGCCAGCUGGGGCCUGUGGGAAAAGACUAGACCUGAGCUGUUAGGCUGAAUAUUAAGUUUGAUGGUAGACAGGGAAGUGGGCACCUCUGAGCAGGCCACGCCCACUUCUCCAGACCCACAGACCCUGGCAGGCAGUUGUGCUGAAACAAGACAGCUUCCUUAUGUCUGGGGAGAAGGCUUAGGGCAGUGUGUUACCUCUUCGUCUCACUAACCCUAGAAAUCUUCUAGUUAAAAUACCCUGUAUCCCAAAUCCGGCCUAGGACUGAAGCCUGCAGAAGGAUGGUCUUGGUGGGGCCUGCCAGCUGGGGAAGUGGGGAGGGGACACAGGCCUGUGGGAGGGGGCUCUGCGGCCUGUUUUCCGUGCUCUCCUUUAGCACCAACGAGGUUGACCAGGUCUCUUCUCCUUCAGGGGCCCUUGGGACCCCAGCCCAUCACUUUCCCCUUUCGAGCUCUUCCUCCAUGGCUGUUGAUUCUGGCCUGUGGAGCGCAGAGCUGUAAAUCCACAAAUGCUGCAGCAUUACACAUACAUUGUAACAUGUCUGUGUCCACUUAGACGUUCAUGACCUGGCUGAGUGUGUGUGUGCCCGUGCGCCUGCAUGUGUGUAUAGUGUAGUUCGUAGUUGACAGUGUAUGUAUAUAAUAGCUGACGUAUUUAUAUGUGAGUGCAGAAUUAGUGCCUGUGGCGGUUUUCUGUAUUUUGAACUCAUUGAAUCAAAUUAGUUUAAGGAAGGGGAAGGAGGAUGUGGGGGGCGGGGCUGGAAUGUAGGAGGAAGGACUCUUAGCAAGAUUAUUCUUUAGGACUAUUAGUCGUGAUUUCCCAAUGAGCCUUCAUGAUGCCCUUUUCAAAUAAAUGUUAAUGUUGUCACCACA